AUGUCAUCAGGCGAACAAGGCGCAAGGCAACCAGGCGCCGAGCCCAAUGGCUUGGCACCUAAUGGCAACCAACCAAUCAAGAAGAAACUCAUCCUCAAUGCCUUUGCCAUGAACACGCCCGGUCACUUGUCUCCUGGCCUCUGGGCUCAUCCCACGAAUAGGACCGCGGAAUACAAGAAAUUGGGCUUCUGGACCGACCUUGCACAGCUGCUCGACAAGGCAGGCUUUCACUCCCUCUUCCUCGCUGAUGUGCUGGGAUGCUAUGAUGUAUACAAAGGUCCCGCGAACCAUGGUCCUGCUCUCGGUUCCGGCGCGCAGUUCCCCAUCAACGACCCGCUCUAUCUCGUGCCCGCUAUGGCAGCCGUGACGAAGAAUCUUACCUUUGGCGUCACAGCGAGUACGACGUAUGAGCAUCCGUAUGCUCUGGCUCGCCGGUAUUCGACUGUUGAUCAUUACAGUGAAGGACGUGUGGCAUGGAACAUCGUCACGUCUUACCUUGACAGUGCAGCGCGAAACUUCGGCCUCGACACCCAAGUACCGCAUGACACCAGGUACGAAAUUGCCGAGGAGUACAUGACUGUUUUGUACAAGUUGUGGGAGGGCAGCUGGCGAGAUGAUGCGGUACUGGAGGACAAGGCAUCUGGCGUGUAUGCAGACGGCAGUCGCGUCAGACAGAUCAACCACAAAGGCAAGCACUACAACGUGCCUGGUCCACAUAUAUGUGAGCCUUCACCACAAAGGACACCGAUGCUCUUCCAGGCAGGCACAUCCAAGGCGGGACGUGCAUUUGGUGGCAAGCAUGCGGAGGUGGUCUUUGCCGGCGCACAACUGCCAGAAAAGCUGCGACCUUCCGUGGACGCACUCCGGCAGCUGGCGCAAGAACAGGGCCGGGAUCCUCAGCAUAUCAAGGUGAUCGCAAGUAUGUGCAUCAUCGUGGCCGCAACAGAUGAAGAAGCACAGGCCAAGCAUGCGGAACUGCUAUCAUGGGGAAACAAAGAGGGCGCCCUUGCGCUCUUCGGCGGCUGGACGGGGAUCGACCUGUCGACCUACACUGACGACGAGGACUUCAGAUUCGUCAAGCUCCCAGCCAUACAGUCGAUCAUUCAUGGCUGGGCAGACAACGUGCCUGGAAGCCAGGACCUGAAGUGGAACAAGGCUCGCAUCGCAGAGUAUCUCAUUCUGGGCGGAAUGAACGCCAAGAUUGUCGGAAGCCCAAAGACUGUCGCAGACGAGCUUGAGCGGUGGGUUGAGAUAGCAGACAUUGAUGGGUUCAACUGCAGCCAUGCGACCAACCCUGGGACCUUUGAGGACAUCAUCGAGUUCGUCCUGCCUGAGUUGAAGAGACGUGGGAUCUUCCGAGAGUCCAUCAAGGAAGGUGCAACUGCAAGGGAGCAGUUCUUUGGCCAGUCGAGAUUGCUGGACGAUCAUCCUGGUACGAAGUUCAGGUGGAAUAUCGGCGAGGAGACUCCGAAGUAUGACCAGAACGGUACUCAUACUUCGGAAGUCAACGGUGCUUAG